AUGGGACCACGCGUGGGCGCCCCUGUUCUGCGGAGACACAAGCCGAACCGCAAGCCGCGCACGCCCUUCACCACGCAGCAGCUGCUGUCGCUGGAGAAGAAGUUCCGGGAGAAGCAGUACCUCAGCAUCGCCGAGCGGGCCGAGUUCUCCGCCUCGCUCAGCCUCACCGAGACGCAGGUCAAGAUCUGGUUCCAGAACAGACGCGCCAAGGACAAGCGGCUCAAGGAGGCGGAGAUGGAGCGCCUCACCAGACCGUUCUUCUCGCCCUACGCAGCGGCGGCGGGAGGAGGAGGCUGCCACGCUGUCGGCCUGCUGCCCCUCGCCGGCCACCUGCCCGCCCUGCCUCUGCAGCGUCCCAUGGCGCCUUUCUACACCUAG